UAUGGAGUAUGUGAGUAGAAUUUAGCACAGUCGUCACAUUUGAACUGGAAAAAGGCUUUAAAAACGUUUCUUUUAGCAUUUUUUUCUGGAGAACUGAGACGAGAAGACGUGAAAAAGACCCGAGUUAGGAUCUGACAGAGCACAGAACGAAUACUCUGGAAAACGCUGGCCGUGUGUUGUUUGUUUUUGCCUGACCGCCACUCUAAUUUUGGGCUGACCGCAACGUGACAAAGAUACGCAGUGGUCUUUUCGUGAAAUUUUUAGACGCGUAAUUUUUGUCGUGUUAUUUUUUUUUUUACGAGUCGGUUUUGUCUGUUAGCUCGUCUUAAAGUUUUCUAGCUGUCGUAUUUUUGGACUUGUUUUCAGCGCAGCUAACCGAUAAUCUACGAGCCCUCUUGAAGUUUACUUUGUGCCUCCAGAAUCGUAGUUUGUGGGCGUGAGUGCACUUCGUUAUGUGAAUUGCGUUGUGAUGGGACUUAUCGAGGCCUUUCGACCAAACAGUCAAAUUCUGCUUCAGUUGCAAGGCAAGCGACCAGGUCUGCCAAGGACGGUCGAUCUCUGGUGUAAAAUGUGAAGGGCUUAUUAAGGUCUGCUCCACCAAGUUAGUCGUGCAGAAGUAGCGAUGGACAGGAACAAGCGCAACUCCAUUGCUGGGUUCCCCACGCGGUCAGAACGGCUGGAGGACCUGGAUGGGGGAGGGGGCGGGCUCGAGACAGGCCCCUCCCAUCCCGACAGGGUGUGUCCUUCCUCCUACCGCGCCCUCAUCAGUGCUUUCUCCUGCCUGACACGCCUAGAUGACUUCAUUUGCGAACGCAUCGGUUCCGGGUUCUUUUCAGAGGUCUACAAGGUGCGUCACAGAGCGUCAGACCAGGUGAUGGCUCUGAAGAUGAAUAAGCUAAGUAGUAACCGUGCCAACAUGUUGAGAGAGGUUCAGCUGAUGAACAGACUGUCCCAUCCCAACAUCCUCAGGUUCAUGGGUGUUUGUGUGCAGGAAGGCCAGCUCCAUGCCCUAACGGAGUACAUUAAUGGCGGGAACCUGGAGCAGUUGUUGGACAGUAAUAAAUACCUGAGCUGGACCACCAGGGUGAAGCUGGCCUUAGACAUCGCCAUGGGCCUGGGAUACCUGCACUCCAAAGGCAUCUUCCACCGGGAUCUCACCUCCAAGAACUGUCUGAUCAAAUCGGACGAAAACGGCUACACGGCCAUCGUCGGAGACUUCGGCCUUGCCGAGAAGAUCCCCAGUCACGAGUCUGAUGGUGAAAAGCUUGCAGUUGUGGGUUCUCCGUUCUGGAUGGCUCCAGAGGUUUUGAGAGACGAGCCCUACAACGAAAAGGCCGACGUCUUUUCCUACGGCAUCAUCUUAUGUGAGGUCAUCGCACGGAUACAAGCCGAUCCGGAUUUUCUACCCCGCACCGAGAACUUUGGCCUGGAUUAUCACGCUUUUCAGCACAUGGUGGGAGAUUGUCCUCCUGACUUCUUACAGCUUGCCUUCAACUGCUGCAAUAUGGACCCAAAGCUCAGGCCUUCCUUCCCAGACAUAGUGAAAAAGCUAGAGGAGAUCCUCUGUCGCCUGAAAGCAGAGGAGUCGGAGAGAGAGCGGAUUCACAUCAACUCUGAGAUGGAGAAGAAGACCUUACCCAAAGGUGAUAAGCUGCAGGGUAUAAAGAGGUCAAACCCUCUCGGUCUCCAAGACGACAAAAUCCCGCCCAAAUCUCCUCGUCCACGCCGCAACAUCUGGCUCUCCAGGAGCCAAUCGGAUAUCUUCUCCCGUAAGCCAAGCCGCAAAGUCAACGUCCACGACCCAUACUACAACCAGGGCCCGAGGGGGCUGACGCGAGGGGGGGUCCCCAAAAUCAACCCUUUCAGUGCUCGGGAGGACCUCAAAGGGGGCAAGAUCAAAUUUUACGACAUGCCCAGCAAAUCUGUAUUUUCGCUCAUGUUCGAUUUGCACUCGCCUCACAGCAGCCUGGCGACGACCCAGACUCCGCCCUACCCGGGCUACGCGGCCGCCCCCUCCUCCUCCUCUGCCCCGUGGCCCGAGCAGUGGCAGUUACCGGGGCGACAGUGCCGAUCUCUUCCCGUCUCUCCCCAGCCGCCUCUGGCCGAGGCCUUCUUCUCCUCCGCCGCCUCCAAAAGCGAGGCGGGCCAGCCGGGGACAGAGGGGAAACAGAGGCCCCUGAACAGCUGGGCUAAGAAGUACUCGGUGCCGGAGAUCCCCCCGUAUCGGCCGCGGUCCGAGACGGGGGAGUCGUCGCGGGACAGCUGGACGUGUCCGGCGUCGGACGGAGGAGAACUGGAGGCUAUGGACUGCUCCAGUAGCAGAGGGAGCCCGGCAAACGACUUGGACUCACCGUUCAGCCUCCUGCAGAACGGGACCGUGGACAGACUGGUCACGUGUGAGGACAUGGACGCCGAAGAUCAGGAGGACACGUUGAGUUCGUCUUCGGUCAGCAAGAACUCCCUGGGCAUCGGUUUGUCCGUGGAGCCGCAGGAUCUCGGCACCAUCGUCCUUACGUCCUGCAGGUCCUCCAGGUCCCCCAACGUCCUCUCCAGGUGUGACAUCUGAUCGGCCAGGGCGGAGUCAGUCGCGUCCGAUCGCUCAAAAGCGAGCACCGGGGGACGGAAGCCGGAUUCUUAAACCGAGAGAGACCCUUUUGAGCGUCGUUUGGAGACGACACUGAUGUCCGUCGACCGUGAAGGGAGGUGUGCUCCGUGGAAAUCAAACCAUCUGUUUGAGGAUUUUUUUCCUCCAGCCCCAAUCGAUGAACACACCUGAUUGACGGCCUCAGAGAGUUUCUGAAACCUGCAAAAUUUGGGUGGAUUUUCUUCUUUUUUUUUUUUUCUCUCAAAGAAGCGAGUUGGUUAAAAUGAGAGUAAAAUCAGGGCUAGGACAGGGCCUCUCCUAGGGUGGAGGUUGAUUACGCCCCCAGUCUAAACUGAUGCCACACAAUUAAGAGAUUACAUUCAGAAUUUAAAAAGGUGUACGUGUUCUUGUUUUUCGGAAAGAAACAAAGGAAACCCGCUACACUGAGGGUAAAACAGCAUUGAGAACUGGAUUCUGAGGUGUAAAAGCGUAGAUUCUGAGAGCAUACUUAUUGUGAGUGAUGUGUUUUGACAAGCUAACAGGAGAUCAGACUGAAGACUACAGUUUGUUAAAACCUUACAUAGAGCCAAGGGCUUUGGUUAAUCUAACACAACUUUACAAGUUUGAAUGUACUAUAGGUUCAGCCGCCCCCCCACCCCUCCCUCCCUCCCGAAAUAAAGCACUAUUGAAUUUUCUUCUAUCCAGCAAGGCACUUUGUCAGGCUUCUGCAGUAAGCUAAAUGCUUUUGUCUCCCUUAACGUAUUUAUUUUGACUGACCGGUGGUCAGAAAUAUAGGGAUUCACAGAAAAAAUAAUUAAAAAAAAAAACAAAAACAAAAACAUAAAAACAGUAAACAUAAGCGAGUCAGGUUUUUUGCUCAAGGAUGUCGAUAGCUCAGAUGUGUGUGCGUGCGUGUGUGUGUGUGUGUGUGUGCGCGCGCGUGUGUGUACAAAGUUUAUGAAAAUUACUGAUGUGUCUUCGCUUUCAAGUUUUUGCACUGCACAGGGCUGCCAGCUACAUAACUACCGAUAUUUGACAUUAACAUUCCAAACUCACCGGUCGCCUGAUUCACUCGUUGAAAGAGAGAAGUCUUAGCCUCGAAAGCUCUUUCACAAGAACUUGACAGCGCAUCAGUCUCAGGAGAACAUAAAAACGGCAGAUUUUUUUCUUUCUCUUUUUAUUUGCAAUAUAUGACGACGUGACUCAGUUCUGUUUUAAAACUGCUGUCAGCGACUCCGUCGUCUCUGUACGCAUGCGUUGUUUAUCAGUGACUAGCGCUGUAACUGCAAUGCGCAGCCAAUCUGCGCUCGUCAGGCAAAGGUCGUUUUCACCACUUCACCUACCGACCUCCACGUACUCUGUCAGGUCUUCUGAAAAAAGUCCUUGUCUGUAAACUACUUAAAAUGUAAAUUGCACUUGAAGUUUAAAAAAAGAAAAAAAAGUUAAUGGGUUGAACUUUUUUUUUUGUCACUACAUUUCUAUGCAACAAAUUUAACCGAAGCAGGAUAGUUUUACAGAGAGGAUCUAUUUUGCUAUUUAUGUGGAGAACAUAAUGAAACAAUUUUACUAUGUCUUACUGCCAUGUUUUUUGUGAACUUUGUGUAAAGCAUGUUAUUAAUAACUUGAUUAAUGCUAAGGACUGAUUUCUGUAAAUGUAUAAACUUUGUUUUUUGUAGUUUUUUUUUCUUCCUUAAACAGUUUUUUCUCUCUCUCUCUUUGUCCUGACUGUUCUCUGAACACAGUUUUGCUUUGUAACAGAAUCUGAGAUGUAAAUUUCAACCAAAGACAGACCAGGACU